UGACGUUGGCGCGCUCGUUGAAAGCAAACCCCGGGCAGACGUACAACGAUGUUAACGUUAAUAGACAGACAUUUAACGACUUAAAAUAAAUAUAUAGCUACCCUUUCUUGUCACGUUUGAUUUUUGUUGCAAAACACACGGGUUGCAGCCAUCGGUCAUGGAAUUAUCACCGCUUAUAAAGAAGAUUGGUCACUCCUUGGCAGAGAUCAGAGUCCGAGCAUUGAAGAGCAUCAUCUGUAAGCUAGACCACUCUCUCCUCUCUGUCUCUGACCUGGUCCAGGAGAAGAUGCUGUUUGUUUACCUGCUGGAGUGGUUUAACUUCCCCGAGGUGCCAAUGCAAGAGGAGGUCCUGCAGCUGAUCAGUACUCUGUCCAAGCACCCUACUGCAGCCCAGAUGCUGAGAGAUGUCGGGGCAGUGGAGUUCCUCACCCAACUCUCCCCCAACGUAGAGCCACCGUUACGGGCCAUCAUCGACGGCAUCUUCGACCUGCUGUUUCAGCUUCCGGAGCUGCUUCCUGCUUGUCCAACCAUCUAUUCUAAUAUACACCAGCUACAGAACACCACUACUGCAGUUCCCCUAGAAGAGGACUCUCCAGCGGUGGGCUAUUUCCAGACAAAGAGGCCGAGUCACAUUGAUGUUCCACCACAGAGGAUAGCAGUGAAUAACUCCGUUGGAUGUCUGAAGUUUUCUACAUUUCCCUGGUUGGCUUUGACCACAACAGACCAACACAUAUUGUCAUCCAAUGAGAGUUCUCUAAGGAGUAACAACCACAACUUGGUGAGGACCACGUGUGAGCUCCUACGUGACGUCAUCAUGCAGGACUUUCCGGCUGAGAUAUUUCUCCAGCGUCCCAGUAUCGUGCAGAACCUCCUGUCCAUCCUGAGGCUGACUCCAGGUGAGAGUGAGGCAGGCUACCUGAGACUGCAGGCAGUGGCCUGUCUACAGCAGCUGUGUGUGGGGCUGAGGAGGAGACUUCGUUUCCACAGAGACCCCAGCUUCUACUCCGCAAAGGAAGACCCAGUGUCCCAGAACUCGUCACUGUCUUACUCCCAGGAGGUGCACGGGGGGGGGGCCCAGCGCUCCCUGGCCUCGUCCCCAGGAGGAGAGUGCUUUCCUCGGCCCUCUGUGGUGGGGCGUAACGGCCAAAGGCCCAGAGGGGACGGCCAAGAUGGGGAUGCUGCCUCCAACAGCAGCAGUAGCUCUCAGAGAGGUGGAGCUGCAGCUCAGGCCUCCAGGCAGACCGCCCCCUCGCCUGCAGACGCAGCCCAACUAGAGCUGCCUGAUCUGGGGGUGGAGGAUGUCCUCGUGCUGCAGCUCCAGCAGCUCAGCCUGGCCCAGUUUACUGUGGCCACCAUGGAGCAUGCCAUACCACUGCUCAGGACAGACGGCGUGCGUGUGUUCCGGGGUGUGUGUGAGCUGCUGUGUGAGGCGGUGGUCCUGCUGAGAGACGGUGUGUGUGAUCUGGUCUGGGACGACACCAGCUUGGUGGGGAUGGAGCUGAGGGAGAAGCUGAAGAUUACCAUGGAGACACUGGGUGACAUCAUGACCUAUCAUGAGAGCUGUUCCUCAGACUGUCCUGAGAGUUCAUUGGUCCAGCACAGACUGGCCUACGUAGCUACAGCCGUCUUCACCAUCAGACUGCUGCAGACCAUCCUGCCCCUGGAGAAGGCCAGUGGUCAUCUCCCGGAGAGUGCUGUGGCAGUCCUCUUGUCUCUGUGUCUGGACCGGCCCUUCAGCUUGGCCUAUCCCAGCAUGGCGGAGGCUGCGGUGGCCUACCUGGAGCAGGUGAACCCUGAAGGCCAUGACCUCUACAGGAGGACCAGCCGUGCUGCUCUCUGGAUGGAGUCCACCUGCAUGUUUCUUAAGGAGACGCAGCAACAGGGAGAUAAGAACUGGCUUGAAUUACUGGAGCUGGCAGACCAAGCCAUAGAUGGCCUUCCAUACCACCAACACCUACCUAUUGUCAAGGAGUGCAUCCACAUCUGCUCCUACUUGUGGAAGUUUGAGCAGGCCAGUCCGCUGCUCCAGACAGAGAGCCAGAGGGUUCUACUGAAGCUUCUGACCCAUCCCCUCCUCCCUGUGAAGACUGAGACCUACACCUGCACCCUCAAUGUCGUCAAGGAGUGUCUGGGGGUUCAGAAUGUGGUCAAGCCCGUGUCGUCAGUCUGUAGUGGGGUUAAUUUCCUCCUUCACCCCAAAGUCCUCUACCAGAUCAGCGCAUUUGGACUCCAGGACCCAAUUGGGAAGGUAAACUCUGCUGCCAAGGAUAUUCUGCUCUUCCUGCUGAAGUGCCCAUUAAUGAUGACAGCAUCAACAUGGGACAGGUUCAACCAGGCACUUUACCCAGUCAUCCCCAUAUUACAGAGUUACGCAGGCACAGAGGAUGCACUGGGAAACUGUGUUCUUCUGAUAAGUGAAGUGUCGAACGAGGUGAGAGACGGCGUGUUUCCAAACACAGCCAAGUUGAGAGCUGCGCUACGACUACUCUUCACUAAGGAGCCGGAGGUCCGAGCUGCAGCAGUCCAACACCUUCUUCCCCACCUGACCAGUGUAGAGGGGGCUACUACAGUCAGACCAACCCUGGAGGGUCCUGUCCUCUCCUCUCUCCCCUCCCUCUUCUGUCUCAACAAUGUACUGGACAUCAACCUGGACAGCAGCGACCGAUCCUUCCUUAAGGUGGAGUCAGUGGAGAAGCUGUUCAGCAUCUUUACCUCUGACACUGUUGACCUGACCCUCAGGAGGUCAGCAGCAGAACAACUGGCUGUCGUCCUACAGGAAACAGCAAUGCACCCAGUGUUGAAGAGUCUUGGUGUAACAGAUAAAGUGAUCUGCUUCAUCACAGAGAGUGUGAACGACCACAGGAAGAGCAUGGACUGCCUGUUGGAGCCGUGUGUGUGUAUUCUGAGAAAACUGGUGUAUGCAGACCCCUCCCUGAGGCAUCUUCUGGCUGAGAAGACCCCCCUCCUCAUCACUCUGCUCAGGGCUUCAUUGCUUGUCAAGGAGAAUAAAGGGGAUGUUAGUGAGGCGGCUGUGUUGAUGUGUCUGCUGCUCUUUGAUGAGAUUGCAACAGUAGAAGUGUGGUCGGACAAUUCCAGCUCCGACGUGGCUCUCUCACCGUUCUCUCUCCCUGUGUCUGUCAUACGAAGGUACAGCCUACCGUUCCAGGCCGCGUCCCACCAUGCGGUGAGCCCCUACUGCUCCGUCCUGCCCCCCUACUCUGACCUCCUCUCCCUGACCCCCGCCAAGGAGACCCUGCAGCUGGCCUGGAACACCGCAUGGCAUUCUGGGAUAGAUAACCUCUUGGAGGAGCUCCGUGGGAUCCGCAGUGAUGUCGCCGAUUUCCACAGUGAUCUGAGCCUUUCAGGGUCGCAGGUUCUGUCAUUACGGGCAACACACCUCCCCAGCAGCCUUCAGGACUGCGUCCAGGACAUCAUCAUGGCAGCAGGCCAUGCCUCUGUGACCUCUGCACUCUCCAGGCUCCGCCUCCACCUGCUGAUUGACAGGAUGGCCAUCACAGGCACUCACACACACAGCUGCAGGGACACUCUCCGUUCCCUCACCUGGCAGCCCGCCAUAGCAAGGUUUGUGCAGGUGCGUCCAGCAUGUGUGGAGGAUGAGAGGUUGCUGGUGGACGUUAUAGCGUUCCUGAGCGCCUACUUCAAACAGAGCCAUUUAGGGUCAGAGGACAAGGACCUCCGCUGGAUACUGGAGCUACUCCUCAAACAGGAGACCAACUCACUGCUGGACCUGCUGCUCGGCGAGGACUCGCCGACACACACGCCGACACACACGGCGAGUCAGGGAGAGACGGAGGAACUAGUAGAACUGAGGGCCCAGAUCAACCAGAGACUACAGAGAGAACUGACAGGGUUCAUCAACACAUUACUGCACCGCCUCACACACACCACCGACAGGUUUUGCCUGGCGCUGACAGGGCCCUUUGAGAGCCAGCUGGCAGUGCGGUUUCUCCAGUGCCUGCGGGUGUCAGACGCCCCACGCUUCUACGGCCUCCCGAGUCUGGAGAGGAAUCUGCUGGGCAUGGUCAGCCUCACGGCCCAACCCGGCUGGAGCUCACACUGUCCCACCAUGGAGCCCCAGUCUCUUUGCACCAAGUACCUCAGUGGACUACUAGAGGUGAUCUCGUCAUUCUACGUGGAGUGGGGGGGUAACUCCAUGUCCUUCAUGGGGAAAGGAGUCACCAAGAAUGCUGUCAUCUGUCUGCUUCACUUGUCCCAUGAGAUGAUGGCCCAGAACAAAGACAAGGACUUCAUUUCUCAGUGGUCUUUGGGUCAGGAGGCGGGGUCUGAUGACUCCAGUGGGUCACAGCUGGGUCUUGCCUGGCUCAUACCUCUGUGGGUGGACAGAGACCCGGAGGUGAGGUUUGCCAGCCUGGGUGUGGGCUCUGCCCUGUCCUCUGUGCCUAGUGGAUGCCAGUCUCUGAGUAGCAGCUGUCAGAAUAUCAGUGGAGGUCUGUGGGGAACCCUGCUCAACAUCCUCCUGGACCAGCAAGAGAGCACCAUGGUCCGCAGAGAGGCGGUGUUUAUCCUCCAGAACCUACUGGUGAUGCCCAUGCCUGCCACGGCUGACCAGGUCACCGACUCUACCUGGCAGAGUCCGUGUGUCCAUGAUGAGUCUUCAGGUGUAUGUCUGGUGGGUCUCCAAGCCCUACAGGCUCUGCUCUACCACUGUCAGUUCUUCCAGCACACUGCCCUCAUGGCCACAGCCUGCUACAGAGGCAGGUACACCUUCGACCUGCAACCCUCAGCCAGGGACCCCGGCCCACAGGACAGCACCACUGAAGAUGCGGAUGACUCCCUGAGGUUGUGGAGACCUAACCGAGUCCCAGUGAAUCCUAGCAGGGCCUCUGGCUCCCUGUCCACCUCCAGCACUCUGAUCAUACCUGGGGGCUCAAGGCUUCAAUCCCCUGUGCCCACCUCUCUCAAUGCUACUACACAAGAUACACCCGCUAGCAGACUGAUGGCUCAAGGUCAGAGUGACACAGACACCAUUGACUCUGUCCUCUCCCAGGACUCCAGACUGGCUGACUCUGCUCCUGACCCAACCUGUGUCAUUGUGACCCCAGACCUUUUAUCAGCACUCUGCGGCCUCCUGGCCAACCUGUUAGCAGUGCUACCGGAGUUCACCCUCUCAGCCCUCACACACAGCCAGCUCUUCCAAUCACUGGCCAGUUUGGUGGACGCAGCAGCCAUAGAGAGAUGUCUGGGUGAGCUGAAGACUAACGCACUACCAGGAGACCAGGAGGACAUUAAACGGCAGGUCCUGACCCUGCUCAAGUUCCUGUCCAGCUUCUCUAAGUUCCUGAAGUCAUGUUUCAUUCUGAGCUCAGAUCUGAUUGGUCAGAUGGACUUCCUGAAACCGCUACUGGCCAAUCUCUUCACUGUCCUCACACUUGAUACCAAGGACUUGGGCGAUGGUACCCGUGGUGCUGUGUGUGUUUGCUGGACAGACGUGUUGAUGCUUCUGGCUACUGUGGUGAGGCGGGAUGGCUCUGCAGCCUACCAAUCUCUCUCUGCUGCACUAGGGAGACGCUGGAACACAUUCACAGCUACGUUGUCAGUGUGUGUGGACCAGUCGUUCAGUGACCCUCCCCUCCAUGCUGCGGUACUGCAGUUCCUGUGUGUCGUCCUGUCUGAGGAGGCCAAGAGACGACCCCUAGAGGUCACCACCCUGAACCCGGACCUCCAGCUGACCCCUCUGUCUGAGGCCCUGAACGGCGUCUCCGGUGGACAGCUCUGUGAACUAUUACUGGAGAGUUUUGAGAAGCGUGCGUUCCAGGACCCAGUGAAGAAGACGACAGCUAAAGCCCUCAUGGCUCUACUGGCCUGCAGUUCCACUGCUCAGAACCACGCUGCUCAAGCUGGUUUGAUUGACAGCUGUGUGGAGCAGAUGAAACUGAUGCACAGCCACCUCCACAUGGAGUCAGUCAGACCUGGCAGAGGAAGGAGGAAGGAGAGCUAUAUGAAGGAAAUAAAGAUGUCUCUGGAAAUCCUCAGGAACAGUCUUUACCAGAACAGCCAAUCGAAAGCUGUGGCCACUGACUGUCGAUUGGCUGCUGUGCUGCACGCCCUUUGGCCUUGGUUCUUAUUGGAUGAUGCUGCUAUGGAGGCGGUCCUGGAACUGCUGUGUGUCUACACAGCCAACUGUACCACAGCUUGUAGCUCUCUGUGUUGUGGUUUGGCCUCUGGCCCCCGAGGGCCCCCAGGUGGCUCCCUGAUGCACUGCGUCAUGAAGCUGGCUUCUGGGGUUGCCCCCGACAACAGCCCUGUCCAGCAGCUGGCCUUCUCCCUGCUGGCCAACCUGGCCAUCAACAAGGACUGUAAAGGAGUCCUGCACAAGAGUAACUUCCUGCAGCCGUUCCUGUCCCUGCCUGUCCCUAAGCCAGGCAGUAAGACGGGUGCCGGGGGGCUGUUGGGCCUGUGGCUGAGGCUGCUCCUGAGUGUCUCCUUCGGUGAGGACGGCCAGCUGAGUGUCCUGAGGCUGACUGGAGCCCUGGACCUCCUUGCUGACCUGGCCACUACACAGCCCCAACGCCACCGUCACUAUAGCAAUGGGAGCAGGCCCAUCACCACGACGGACAAUGCCCUCCUCAUCCUCCACAAUGUCUGUUUCAGCUCUGCCAACAAACCCAAAGUUCUGGCCAACGAUAAGGCCAUGAGGGUGCUGGUGUCCUGUCUGGACAGUAAAGAGGCUGAGGUUCGCUCUAUAGGGGCCUCGGCACUAUGGGCCCUGCUCCACAACUACCAGAAGGCCAAGACCACUUUGAAGUGUCCAUCUGUCAGACUCCGGGUGCAUGAAGCCUAUAAAGUUGCUAAGAAAGAUGCAGAGAAAAAUCCUGACAUCAUGAACACCUACCUGUUGAAGUGCCUUGAGAACUUAAUUCAGCUGCUGAAUACCUGACUGACACAUUGAUGCAAUCUGACAGAAUGUAGACACCUUGAAACCUUAUUUAUAUUUGAAGUGAAUAUAUGUGUGCAAACUUGAUACAGUAGAUAUCGUUUUUAAUGUCCCUACAUCUUUUCUAUGAUCUGUGAUGUUUUUGUAGGUUUUGUACAUAUUUUGGGGAUUGAAUCAUAAAUUAAAGUAAAUAAUGAUUGAAGAAAAAGAAUGUCUGACUUUUAUGCUUACAAGAUAAUAUAAUGUUUCAGAAUGACGUUCUGAACCUGAUACCUUUAUAAGACAACUCCAAGAUAUAGCCUUGAAUAAGUACAAUGAUACCAUUUCCUCUAAAUGAGGCCUGUGUAGGAAAGGCUGUCAUUUUGAAAUAGCGCAACAGUGGUGGAACUGUGGCUGGAAAAGGGAGAUGUCACCUCUGGUCGUGUCAACCCCAACACCACAUUUCAUUCAAACACACAGCUAACCAGAGCUGCUGCAGAAUUACACACCGAAAGUAGUGCUACACACAAUAUUUCCCAGUAUCUAAAUAGAUCUUUUAUAAUUACUAGUCUAUAGUUUACAAUAAACCACUGCAACACACAGCACCUCUCUGUAGUAGCCUGAUAGUCCUGCUAGCUUAUGCUAAGCUUUCCACCCACCACUCACCCUGCAUAUAAAGUGUCCCUCUGUGUAGAAUGAGCUAACAAAGGG